UAAAUAGAUAUGUAUGAUACUCCAUCACCAUUUGCGCGGAAUCUUUAAUUAUUCAUAUUGCACGUCGGAGUGUAAACAUGAGCGCACCAAACAAUCUCCGCUGUGUUCCGCCUUUGGUUUACACCAUAAAUAGUUUACAUCGAUACAAUGCGACAGGGGACCGGAAUAUGUUGUUUUAGCGUUUUUUCUUCUUAUACCGAGAAACAUUAAGCUGGAACAGCAAACGUCUCGCUUCCGACUGAGAUUUACCCUUCAGAGAACUUCAAACCAAUUAUUUACGAUGUGAAGGGAUGUUGUUUAUCUUAAUGCUUGAUUUACGUCACAACCUGUCGUAGCUGUCAGUUGAAAGUCAAAAUCAUCAUAAAGGUGACCUCCCUAAGUCAGGGUAGUUCCAAAUCAUCACAAAAAGAUGAGCCAGGAGGUAUCCAUCCAUAGUUGGCCCGGCUCUUAUUACAUCAACAGUGAGAAACGCUGGGCCAGUGGUAUUCUCUCCUUAACCCGCACCACCCUGCGCUUCACCUCUGAGGAAAAACAAGAGAAUCUGACUAGCCUAAGGCUCUCGCGAAUCAUGGAGAUUAAGAUGGAGUCCUCCAGCCUAAUCUUUAGUGCUCUUACUGUGUUGGAGCAGGGAAACAUCAAGCACUGGUUUGGGUCUCUCAGGCCUUGCCGUACUACCGUUUUCCAUGUGCUAGUGCACUUCUGGAGAGAACGGCUGCUGUCACCCACAGAGCCACAGGGAGCUGAAGCUCCUCUCAGUAAGGGCCAGGAGCUGAUCAGCCUGAUGUCUGGAGCUCAACGGAGGUUGGAGGAUACUGGAAAAGUCCUGUACCACCAGGGAGAGCAGUUUGACAACAUGAUUCAGGGCCUGGACAAGAUUGAAUCAGACUUGAGUGUGGCAGAUAAACUACUCUCUGAACUAGAGUGUCCUCCUUGGUGGCCUUUUGGAAAACUGCCAUGGAAGAGCCAACAGGAGGCCAAGUCUGAAGCAGCUGCCAAGGUGUCCUAUACUAAAGGUUCAGGCAAGGGCCAAAAAGUCAUACUCAGCAUUCCAGCUAUUAUCUCUUGUGUUGGAAACUCUAAAAACAUGAAACCAGGUAGCCUGGUGGUUUCGGUCUCCUCUCUAGAGGUUCGAGAUGCAAACGGACAGCUCCUUCAUUGCUUUGAGAAGGAAGAGGUGGAUGAUAUCCAUGUGCACAACCCCUACGAGAUCAGUGUUCGGCAACGCUUCAUUGGGAAACCUGACAUCUGUUUCAGAGUUCUCUCUGCCAGGAUGACUGAAGCUUUAUCUGUAUUGGAGAUGCAGUACAAGAAGAAAGUUGAGAUCGCACGUGACUAUGCAGCAUUUCAGGCAACUUUGGCAACCACACCAGGAAGCCCAGAAGGUGGAGGAAACAUUUGGAGUGCAGGUCAUGGAAAGGAUACAGAGGUGCCAGUGGAGGUGCCUGCUGGUGAACUGACACAACUUCAACUUCAAGUGCUUCAGCCCACUGUUACUGAGGCAGAGGCACAGGAGCUAAAACAGAUGCUUCAGCAGCUGAAGAAUCUUGCCCUGGAGGCUGAGACAGAGCUGGAGCGUCAAGACGAGGCUCUGGAUCUAUUGAGUUGUUCUACCGACCACACCACCAUGAACAUAAACAGGCAUACCAGCCGCAUGAGGAAACUGUUGUGAACGUAAUGCUUAAUGCCAGAUUAAUGACGCUGAGCGCGAAUUUUAGCAGCAUGACUCGACGCUUCAGUGUACGGGCAAGUGCGAGAUAAGAUGUAAGUAGCUAAACGUAAUGUUAUAUAUUUGACAGUUUUUGAGCUCAUAAAUGUUAAACGAAUGACAAAAAAUAAUCAGGAAAACUAAUAUAGUUUUGUCUAAUGUCGCCAUUUUGAACUGAAAUUAGGCAUGUAAUGUCAGCCUAAUGUAAUCAUUCAUUUACUGUCAUUGUGAGGGGACAAGAAACAUUAACAAAGCCGUUUUCAUCAUCUUACAGGAUUAAUACAUAUUGAAAAUAUAAUACAAAUUAGCCUUUAGUAAAUAAUAAAAAAAGCUCAUCUUUAGGAGGGGAAGAGAAUGGGCACGAUGAGGAGACUGGUAAAAAAAAGAAAGGAUGAUGGAGAUGAGGAGA